UGAAACCCUAUAACCUACACCAACCUAAACGUGUCGUUGACUGAAUAUAGUGUUUCUUGUAACAAUUUAGAAAGGUUAUCAACAUACGUACUGUUAAAAUGCAGAAUGUUAACGAAAAAAUGGCAUUGUUGGACAACAAAAGUACAACUAAUGGUUUGACAACGUUUUUUGCGGUAAUUUGUAUUGUAGAUGUUUUCGGUGUAUUCCCGGUGGUUACAUUACCAAAAGCUGUAAUUGAUUGUGGCUUUUAUGGAUUUUUCGUUGUAACUUUGACAUGUUUGACCCAGAUUUAUACAGCGUCGCUAUUAGGAAGAUGCUGGGUUAUAGCCGAAGAAAUAGAACCGUCAAUUAAAUAUAAAAAUCGUUAUCCUUAUGCAGCUCUAACUGAAAUAUCCUAUGGGAAGAAAAUGGCCAGUUUUGUUACAUUUUUAUUAGAUUUGACAAUAUUUGGAGGCGGUAUACCAAAUUUGAUAGUUGCUUCACAGAAUUUACAACUUCUGGGCUUAAGAGCAAGUGAUGGAUCUGUAAACAUAUCAUUUUGUUUAUGGAUCAUAGUAGUAGGUUCUGUCCUGUGUCCUGUACUUUGGCUGGGAAGCCCGAAGGAUAUGAAAUUAUUGUGCUCAUUAUCAGUAGGUAUAGUUAUAACGGUUUUCCUACUCAUUAACGGAUGCAUUUUACUAAGCACAAGUGAUCCGAGCACAGAAAUUUUGGAAAAUAAUUCAACACCUGUAUGGAAAAACGUGUUAAAGGCGUAUGGUAUAAUAGCAUUUCAAUUUGACAUACAUCCUUCUAUUUUGACUAUACAAGUCGAUAUGUUGGCGAAAUCUCGUUUAACAAGAGCUAUACUGGCAGGAUUUUCUGGUAAAUUUUAAUUGCAACAUUCCUGCUCAAUAAAUAGCACCAAUACAUU